AUGAUUAAUACAAGCAGCGAAAUUACAAGCGAAAGCACAUGUGAUACGGCACAGUUAAUCAGUAAUGACGAAGCUAGUACUUCUAAUUGUGCACAGUUAAAUAACACAGACACACAGGACUCGGAUGAAGAUAUCCAGGGGAGCCAUGGGGUCAGACGUAGACAUCCAAUUCAAAAAAUUGAGCCGGGGUCUAUGAAUAUUUUGUCUGCGAAAUAUGAGAGCCUAGACUAUGAUACUUGUGAAAAUCAUUUGCUCUUGGAUGAGGAAAGAAAACGGGGUUAUGCCUUUGUAGUAUGGAAGGACAUGGCAAGGUGGUUCAUAGUUUUACUCAUUGGUAUAAUUACAGCGUUAAUAGCAUUUACAAUUGACAUAUGCAUUGAAGAAUUUUCAAAUAUUAAAUAUGCACAGCUUAAGAAGUCUGUUGAUAAAUAUGUAAUGCUAGAUAAACUAUACAUUCCAUAUUUAUUGUGGGUGUUGACUAAUAUAUCAAUUGUCUUCUUUGGAUCAGUGUUAGUCGCAUAUGUUGAGCCAGUUGCUGGAGGUAGUGGUAUUCCGCAAGUGAAGUGCUAUCUCAACGGAGUUAAAGUUCCGAGAGUUGUCCGGAUAAAGACAUUGAUUGUUAAAGCUGUUGGUGUUAUUAGUGCUGUUGUUGGGGGAUUAGCUGGAGGAAAGGAAGGCCCAAUGAUACACUGCGGGUCAGUGGUAGCGGCGGGUAUCUCGCAAGGCAAAAGUACAACGUUCAAUAAGGACUUCAAGAUUUUUCAGUACUUCCGCGAGGAUCACGAGAAGCGCGACUUUGUUUCUGGUGGCGCGGCGGCUGGGGUCUCCGCAGCUUUUGGCGCACCUAUUGGUGGAGUACUAUUUUCUUUGGAAGAGGGUACUAGCUUCUGGAACCAAGCUUUAACAUGGCGGACGUUUUUUGGAACUGUUGUGUCUACCUUCACCUUGAACUUCGCUCUAUCUGCUUAUCAUGGGCAUCCAGGCGAUCUAAGUUAUCCCGGUCUUUUAAACCUGGGGAAAAUGGAGCCAUUCCCGUUUCAAAUCUAUGAACUGCCAGUCUUCAUUAUCUUCGGCAUGAUAGGAGGUAUCCUUGGGGCUUUGUGGAAUCAUAUCAAUUAUAAGCUGGCUGUUUUUAGAAACCGGUAUGUUGGAGAACCUUGGCUUCGCGUGGUUGAAGCGUGCCUAGUGGCUGCCGUGAGCGCCACCUGUGGUUUCCUAAUGAUGUUCUUGCUCAAUGACUGCCGUCCCCUAGGUGAGGAUCCUACAAAAGUACCGUUACAACUCUUCUGCGCAGACGGCGAAUACAACACAAUGGCAGCCAUCUGGUUCCAAACGCCCGAAGCCUCGGUCCGGUCGUUCUUACACGACCCAUUGGGUUCCUACAAACCGGUCUCAUUACUCAUCUUUGUCAUAUCUUACUUCCUCCUUUCCACUUGGACGUUUGGCUUGGCCGUGUCGAGUGGUCUUUUCAUCCCCAAUCUGCUAACUGGUGCGGCUUGGGGCAGAUUAUUUGCUAUAUGGAUGCAAUAUGCCUUUCCUUCUAUGAGCAUAAAUCCAGCGAAAUACGCACUUAUCGGUGCGGCUGCGCAACUGGGGGGUGUCGUGCGCAUGACCAUAUCUCUGACAGUCAUUAUUAUAGAGACGACAGGACAAAUCUCGAACGCACUACCCAUUAUUGUCACUCUAGUAGUUGCUAAGUGGACUGGAGACUUCUUUAAUGAGGGAAUAUACGACAUACUAAUACAACUAGCGGGCGUUCCCCUAUUAGCAUGGGAGCCACCGCCGUUGGCCCACAACAUCUACGCGUCCGAAGUGAUGUCCCAUCCUGUGUUUACUCUAAGAACCGUUGAAAAUGUGGGACAUAUCGUCGAAAUGUUAAAAGUCGUAAGCUACAACGGCUUUCCAGUUGUCGAUCCACCACUCGCUGAUGAGAAUGAAAUCACCACAUACAAGAGACUGCGCGGCAUGAUCCUUCGCUCUCAGCUAAUAGUACUUAUACAGAAUAAGAUUUACAAUGAGAACGCUAACACCACGUGGUCGAAUCUACAGGUUGAUAUGGAUAUGUUUAGGAAGGAAUAUCCUAGAUAUCCGUCUAUAGAACAACUGGAUAUAUCUGACUGGGAGCUGACAUGUACUAUAGAUCUGCGUCCAUUUAUGAAUCCAUCGCCAUUCAUGUUACCACACCGUGCUUCGCUUCCUCGGCUCUUCAGACUGUUUAGAGCGCUCGGGUUGAGACAUCUGCCUAUUGUGAACGAUGUUAAUGAGGUGGUCGGCAUGGUAACCCGGAAAGACAUAGCAAGAUACCGAGUCUGGAGGCACAGAGGCCACAUGGGAAUGGAAGAAUUAUUUUUAUCUAGUGAAAUUUAA